GUAUGUCCACACACUCGCUCUCCGCGUGGCCACCAAGCCGGUCGUAGAAGCAGCCGCCCGCCACACGUACACACACACAGCCCGACGUCUGGCCAAUGCCUAUUUUGUAGUGAGUUAAGAAAGAACGGCAGGUGCUGGUUCACACUGGAGAUAGUCACAGAGUGCUGGAGUAACUCAGCGGGUCAGUCAGCGUCUCUGUGGAGAGAAGGAACGGUCGACGUUUCGGGCUGCGACUCUUCUUCAGAAUGUUUUUCUCUUUGAGGAACAGCUAACGGUGGCCCAACUGAGAGCGGGGGAAAUAAACCGCGCUGUCAGUCCGCUCGCUCGAGAGGCAGGAAGGAGUUUAGAAAGGAGGUGGUUGACAUUUCCUGUUGGUGUGUGAGCUCAGCGUGGAGGUGAGGAGAGCUGAGAGGACAACUUGGCGGUGAAGGGGAAAGCCUGUCCCCACUCUGGGCUGGAGCUCAAAGCUGAGGGAGACUCUGGUUGGAGCUGGAGUUUGUGGGGACGAGGGGAGCUGUGAAGAAGCCAGUGAUCGUGGGCGUGAGGGGGGACUAACUCCAUUCACCUCUGUGUCUACCUCCAUAUCUGACCGUACCUUCAGCUUCCGACUGGUGUGUGGGUUACAAACAGGAAGCAGGCCUGCGGUAAGGACCACUCAUCUUUGGCUGGCUGCUCUGAUGAAGCCCUGAGCUCCUGAGUUUCACAGACCAACAUUUUGUCCCUACGCUGCUCAGACGGAGGGCGAGAGAGAGAGAAAGAGAGAGGGAACGUCAUAGACACAAAUGGAAGAGGCAACAUCGAGUAUUCAGUGAGUGAGUGAUCACAUUGGCCUGAAUCAUCUCUGGAUUGUCACACAGUUUGUGUGUGGACUAGAGGGAUCUGUGGACACUCUUCCUCACCCCAGUUGGACCUCACGUGGCACACCGAGUCUCUUGUAGAAGACGUUGUAAUCUAAACUAAGAGACAACACACCAGGAGGCGUCUAAUUCAGCUCACAACCGGAAACAUUGCUCUGCCGUCUUUGCAAAUAUCUAAUUGAAACUCCACACUUUAGACUUUAGAGAUACAGGGGGUGGAAACAGGCCCUUCGGCCCAUCGAGUCCGUGCCGACCAGCGAUCACCCCACACACUUGCACUAUCUUUUUUGAUUCUUUACCGAGUUUAUCAAUUCUUUACCGAGUUUAGCCAAUUAACCUACAAACCUGCACGUCUUUGGAGUGUGGGAGGAAACCGAAGCUCCCGGAGGAAACCCACACAGGUCACGGGGAGAACGUGCAAACUCCGUACAGACAGCCCCCCGUAGUCAGGAUUGAACCUGGUUCUCGGGCGCUGUGAGGCAGCAGCUCUACCCGCUGCACCACCGUGCCGCCCCUGCUGUGAGAGGGUUGAGUGGAUGUCGGGGGUAGGUCUGGUCCCGGUCACUGCCGGUCACUGUGUCCAGAGCUCGCCGAUGCUGGCUAGCCAAGGCGGUGGCCAGCGGUCACCAGCAGGACCUCCGGCCAGCCCGGCUGCGGGCAUGGAGGGUCUCACCCCGAAGCGGGGGUCCGGUCAGGGGGGGUCUGACUCCGCCAAGAAGCGGCGACUGGUCACCGAGAGCUACGAGCAGAAGGUGGAGCGCAGGUUCGAGAACCGCCACAGCCUCUUCGGCCGAAACAACGUGACGUUGUGCCGCAGUUCCCCACGGCAGCGCAGCGCCCAGCAGAACCCUCGGCAGCAGGCCUUCCUCAAGCGCAGGAACCUGGCCCUGGGUGAGGACGAGAACAAGCCCAACGGGGGCAAGAACUCUGCACCAGGCGACCUCUCCAACCUCACCUACAUCCACUCAGGUGUGGGCCCAGUGCCAGCCCAACACAACUCAAUCUCACUCACUCAGAUGUCUCCACAGCUCAGCCCCUCCACUGACGGCCCGACAUUCAGUAAGCAACUCACUCAGCGGGCAGCAGAAGGCACCAGGCUCACUCUCCCCAUCAGCCCUCUCACCCAACACAAAGCCAGCGCCCACAACGUUCCCACUAGAGAUAAAGCUACUCAGAUGCCACCAGCACAGAGCCAGGAGCUUGGCCGUGCCAUGCGGAGGGAUGCCAGCCAGCAGACUGAAUGCGGUGUCACCGUUCUCGAUCAGGAGAUCCAACAACUGUCAGAGUAUCUGAAGGAAGCAUUACACCGGGAGCUGAAGCUGAAACAGAAGAUGGCCAUCCUCCAGCAGCUGCUGGCAACCCUGCUACAGGCAGCGGAGAAGUCCUGGAAGGUGCAGUUGGAUGAUGAUGCCUUACGCUGUAAACUCCAAUCACUUGAGGCUCAGCUACACACCUGGGCACAGAAUCACUCACGGGAUGGCGUGAAGGAGAGCAUGAUGGAUAUGCAGCAGCAGAAGCUCCGGUAUGAGCAGGUGGCUAAAGAACAACUACAGAGAGCCACUGAGGAGAAAACGGCAGCAGAACGCAGCCUGGACAAGAUCCAGAGAUCGCUGCAGGAAGCAGAGCGAGAGGCUGCCCACUGGAGAGAGGCCUAUCAUGGAGCCGUGGCCCACAGUGCGGAGAUGGACAGCCAACACUUGUACACCACGGAUCAACUGCACAUAGCCGAGAGCAAGCUGCAGAGAGCAGAAAGUGAUGGUGAGGUGCUGAGAAGUUUACAAAGCAAGCUGGAGGCUGUGGAAAAUGAAACGCACACACUCUUGGACCAGAUCGAUGCCCUUAAAGAAGACAACGAGCUCAAGGAAAAGCAGCUUCAAAUGGGCAGAGCUGAAAUACAAAACGCCGAGGAGCAAAAGCAAGGACUGGGUUGUAUGAUCAGUCAACUGCAGGAAAUGUUACAGAAGAAGGUUGCAGAGGCGGCUGAGCAGGAGAGAUCGGCGCGACUGUACCAUGAGUUCCGUGCCAGGACAGCACAGCGGGAGGCCACGCUUCAGCAGGAGGUCAGACAACUGGCUGAGCAACUGGAAGGGCAGUCGUGCCAGCUCCAUGCCAAACAGGAGGAGUGCAACGGCCUCCAAUCCCAGCUCGCCACGGUGUGGGUAGGACGUCAGGCCCAGCUCACACACCCAGCAGCCUCCCGCAACCAGACAGACAGACUGCAGAAGAGACCUGCCCAGAGGCGCUAUAGUCGAUGUUGGACAUUCCUCCUGGUGGCUGCAGUGGGAGCAGCGCUGGCAGUACUUUGGGCAAACAUGGACAAAGUUCCUUUUUAAGAAGCUGAAUGAAUGAAAUGACAACGUGUCACCAACACAAACUUGUAACUGUACUUGAACAUGGAAUUUCCAUCAAAAAAGAAACACUGAUGUAUUUUAAAAUCUUUAGGUAUUCAGGUGUACAUUCACUCCAGGUAAUCGAUCAAGUUAUUGGGAGCCCUAAUCUGGUUUAAUAAUACAUUCAGGGACACAAAUCUGCAGAUAUGGUCGUGGCUUUUAGAUAGGCAGGCAGGCAGAUAGGUGUUGCACUUGAGUUUCAAAUAUUUGAUGAAAGGGACGGAGAAGAUACAGAUCACAUGCUGGCAGUGGAGAUUAGUUUAAGGGCCUGUCCCACUUACGUGACAUCGUGUGGUGAAGCCUGUAUGGUCGUGAGUAGUCGCCCAAAGAGUCGUACCUUAUUCUGGUUGCCGCUGGAUUUUCAACAUGUCGAAAACUUUCAGCCACCAGCUGUGACUGUGCCGGGUGUUGGCGGCAAGUCGCCGAAAAGAAAUUGUGUAAGUGGGACAGGCCCUUUACUUAGCAUCAUGUUCGCCAGGGACAUUGUGGGCCGAAGAGCCUGUUCCUGUGCUGGACUGUUCUAUCUUCUAUCAAUAUUUAACAUUGCCUCUGUGUCUCCUGACCUACAUCUGAUCUGGUUCAGUUCACCACUCAGUUUUAAGGAAGUGCAUUAACACCUUGUUUAAGAAGGAACUGCAGAUGCUGGAAAAUCAAAGGUAGACAAAAGUGCUGGAGGAACUCAGUGGGUG